CAGGCAUAGAACUUUACGGUGUGUGACUGAAGUUGUUAGCAGUCCAUGUUUCCUUGCGGUGUUGGCAAGUUACUACUCCCAUUGUAGUGUCAAAACGCUCUUAUAUUAUAGGAAGGUGUGAGUACAACAUAGCAGCUAGUAGAAGUGUAGAACUAGACAUGUAUAUUACUCAAACAAGGGAAUUGCACAUAGCGUUCUCCAAGUUUAUGUCAUCUUUAUUUGUCCAGACUUUCUUCUAAAUUGUGGUUCAGUUUCCGCCAAGCAAGCAAAAGGACCACCACAAAGCAGACCGCUAUGCAACAUGUGGCUUCAUUUUGUCCUCUAUUUACACCUACUAAUUUCUACUGUCAUAACUGCAAUAUACAAGUGAUUUCUAGCCAUGCACAUGAAUCACUUCACCAAGGACAAGUAUCUACUCCAUUGUGAAAGGAGGAGAAAGAGGGGUCAGUGUUACGACAGAGAGGGCAUCUUCAUCCAUAGCUCUUCUCUGAGUUAUUAAACAGGGCCAUGUGUUUCCAUUUGUGAGGUGCAGAGCAAAUAAAUCCCCAGUGCCGAUGAUGUUAAGCCAGCGAAGAUCCCCGGUAGUAGCUUCACUACAGCUUCCGCCGGUGACAACUCUUCUGUUUAUAUGGGUCUUAAGCUGGGGGCAUGCAACAGCAGAUACUGAUAUAGCUAACAUGACGGCACUCCAGAAACAUGUCUCUUUUUUCGACGGUAACAAGGAUGGCAUCAUUACUCCUACAGAAACAUUUGAAGGAUUUGUUGCAAUUGGUUGUGAUGCUGCAUAUUCUAGAGACUCUGCCUCCUCCGUGCAUGCUGCCCUCGGUCCUAUAACAAGCCCGGUUGAUGCACCAUUGCCCCACAUUAAUAUUCACAUAGACCUAAUCCACAGAGCAAUGCAUGGAAGUGAUACAGGUGCAUUAGAUGCCAAAGGAAGAUUUGUUCCCCGAAAAUUCGAGGAAAUAUUCAGAAAAAAUGCAAAAGUCAGACCAGAUGCGCUGACAUCCUCAGAGGUGGAAGAGAUGAUCCUAGCAAAUCGAGAUCCACUAGACCCUCGAUCAUGGUCGGCGCCUGUAAAUGAGUGGGGGCUGACAUAUAAGCUCGCAAGUGAUAAGGAUGGUUUUCUUCACAAGGAUAGUGUAAGAGGUAUAUAUGAUGGAAGUGUGUUUGUCAAGUUGGAGGAAAAGAGGAGGUCCCUUCGGAGUGAAGUAUGAUGGGCGCGCUACACCAUUGUGUGUUUGCACAACAUUUGGGAAACCUAUGUGUUCAUAUAGUUGUCAAAUAUGAUGUGUAUUGUUCAAGUGUACUUGACUGAUUUUUAUAAGGAAACAUAGUGUGCCAACUAGC